ACGUCGCCCACGUGACACUUCAUGUCGUCCAGCUCAUGACAUGACCGCCCAUGCCUGAGACGACUCUACGUAUAAAAGUCGAUGUCAUUUUCUGUCAAGGUGUCAGUGUCUGAGUCAGAAGUCCUGGAGACAGACGGUGAUCAUGAAGCUUCUGAUGGUUCUCGUCGCGGCGGCAGUUGCAGCCUCUCUGCCAAGCCCUUUCGCCGAUCCGCACUACAACUUGGCCUACCCACCUCUCCCUUACCCUCAAGGACCCCGCCCCUUCCCCGCCGCUAAGCCAAUCACCGUCGAGAUCCCAGCCAGGAACAUCUCCCUUAUCUUACCCCAAGGUAAUGGCUUCCCCUACUACUUCCCCGAGGCUUUCCCCUUCAUACCUCCCUUCGUGGUCAAGGCGGACGAGUCUGGGAAAGAGGACUCUGACGGGGAGGACAAACCUGCGUCUCAGAAGGACCUCGAGGCCGAAGAGGACCCCGAGGCCGAAGAGAAGGGCCCCGAGGCUGACCCAUAGGACCCGCUGAUAAGGAUGAGGCUGAUAAGCGACCAGGGAGGAGGAGGAGUCGCGUGAGUCUUCUUAGCCUUAGAGAAGGAGUUCGAAGGACCCGUUGAGCCUCCUCAGCUUCCUUGGC